CUGACCAGCAGCCUCUACUGAAACUCUGCGCAUUUUGCCUCUAAAAGUUCCUUUUGUGCAGGGAGGCUGAGCAGGGCAGCGGGAGCAGGCAGCACUCAGGCUCCUUGCGCGGCUCUGCGCCGCGUUAGCCCCGGGCAAGCAGGGUGCUCCAGUCCCUCCUGCUCCUUCUGCAUUUCCUCCUCUAUCAGUGGUCUUUAACACGAUCACAGCAUGCAGCACAAUGCUUUAAAACAGCAAAGCUUCUGGAAAACCCAAACAAAAGGAACGUCACCCGGUGACGUCAGCCUAUAUAGAGCCCUGUGUGGUCGCAGCGCAUAAGCAAAUCCAUUCUUGUGCCGCUUCCCUGAAAAGCUUUUCAGUAAAUGCACUCAUGCUACUACAGGAGCUUCUCUCAGCAAUAAGCCACCCAUCUGCCAUCAACAAGUUAGGACUAAAGGAAGCCACAGCUGCGGGAAAGGAAAAUGUGAGCUUCGAUUAACCAGCUGAGCAGCCACGGAGGACGAAAACUUGGCUUAAGAUUUAAAAAUUGCAGACCUGUCAGAGGAGAUCAAGGCAGCGAUUUCAAAAGGAAUAUUCCAGGAGAACAUCGUGGAUUUUGCACUAAUAUCAAAGGACACUAAACCUGGUCAAUUAUUCAAGGCUGUCUCACAUUAGAGCCUUUCACAGACUCACGGCGUUGAGUCUCGAACUACGACUGAAUGCACCCUCCAAUGUACUCAAAAGAAUGGGCUUACAUUUCAAGUGGCCAUUAGGGGCUCGUAUGCUGGCAGCACUAUAUGCAAUGAGUAUGGUUUUAAAAAUGCUGCCUGCCUUGGGCAUGGCUUGUCCACCAAAAUGUCGCUGUGAGAAGCUGCUCUUUUACUGUGACUCUCAGGGGUUUCACUCAGUGCCAAACACCACUGAAAAGGGCUCGCUAGGUUUGUCACUGAGGCACAAUUAUAUUUCUGAACUUGAAAGGGAUCAAUUUGCAAGCUUCAGUCAACUUACUUGGCUUCACUUAGAUCAUAAUCAAAUUGCAACAGUCAGAGAAGAUUCUUUUCAAGGACUGUAUAAACUUAAGGAAUUAGUCUUAAGUUCCAACAAAAUCUUUCAUUUGCCAAACACAACUUUUAGCCAGCUGCUUAACCUGCAGAAUUUGGACCUCUCUUUUAAUCAGUUAUCCUCUCUGCACCCCGAGCUCUUCUACGGCCUUCGCAAGCUACAGACCUUGCACUUGCGAUCCAACUCCCUGCGGACCAUCCCGGUCCGCCUGUUCUGGGACUGCCGUAGCCUGGAAUUCCUGGAUUUGAGCACAAACCGCCUGCGAAGUUUGGCUCGCAAUGGAUUUGCGGGAUUAAUCAAGCUGAGGGAGCUUCACCUCGAGCACAACCAGCUGACAAAGAUUAAUUUUGCUCACUUCCUCCGGCUGAGCAGCCUGCACACGCUCUUCUUGCAGUGGAACAAAAUUAGCAACUUGACGUGUGGGAUGGAGUGGACCUGGGGCACCUUAGCAAAGCUCGAUUUGACUGGAAACGAAAUCAAAGCCAUCGACCUCACCGUCUUUGAAACUAUGCCUAACCUUAAAACCCUCCUCAUGGAUAACAACAAGCUCACCACUCUGGAUUCCAAGGUCCUGAGCUCGCUGACAUCCCUCACCACCGUGGGCCUCUCCGGCAAUCUGUGGGAAUGCAGCUCAAAGAUCUGCGCCUUGGCCACAUGGUUGAGUGGCUUCCAAGGUCGGUGGGAGCACUCCAUCCUCUGCCACAGCCCCGACCACACCCAGGGAGAGGAUAUUCUGGAUGCAGUGUAUGGUUUUCAGCUUUGCUGGAAUUUAUCAACUGUGGUUACCCCCGUGGCUACGACGUCGUACACUGCUCCGACCACCGAGUACACGAAAAGAAUCAGCUCCUCUCAUUUCCAUGUGGGAGACAAAGAGAUUCCAACUACGGCAGGCAUGGUCGUUACCACCGAAGAACAGUUCCCCGAGCCAAACAAUGCCAUCUUCACUCAGAGGGUAAUUACAGGAACAAUGGCUUUAUUGUUUUCUUUCUUUUUUAUCAUUUUUAUAGUGUUCAUCUCCAGGAAGUGCUGCCCUCCCACACUCAGAAGAAUUAGGCAGUGCUCAAUGAUUCAAAACCACAGGCAGCUCCGAUCCCAAACGCGGCUGCACAUGGCCAACAUGUCAGACCAAGGACCCUAUAACGAGUACGAACCCACCCACGAAGGACCCUUCAUCAUCAUCAAUGGCUACGGACAGUGCAAGUGCCAGCAGCUGCCCUAUAAAGAAUGUGAAGUAUAAUACCCACAGCCCAUCACAAAGUCAAGCAGAUAAGUAACCUACUUUAAAAUUGUAGGGACCUACAUCAGAUUCUAAUUUUUACAAAUGUUGACAUAAAGCCUAAUUUUCCAAGCUACUUAAUGGAAACAUUGUUUAUGGAGUGGUGCAGUAUUUUUAAGUUUUUUAAAAAAUGAAUCCAUAAUAUUUUCAGUGUUAAAGAAGCAAUGAUUACAUUAAACUUGCACUCCUACUGUUUAAAAGUCUAAAGAGAUGCUCACCUCAAGCUAUGUAAAAUGUUUCAUGUUAUGUAAUUAUAUGACUGUGUGUAAACAUUUAUACCUGAGUGUCCAUAUUCUACUUUCUCUACUGCAAACAGUCCGAGGGGAAGGAGGCUGGAAAGGUGUGCAGGGAUCUGUGGGGGACGUGCGCUCCGUCUGCUCCACUGCAGCUGGAGGAGCCCAAGCACUGCAGCUGGCUCCAGGCACUUUAAGGGCAGCCAGGGAGGAAGGUUUUCCUCCUCUGAGCACUUCACUCUAGUAAGGGGAGGGAGGGAAAGCAAAAGGAAAAAAGAAGGAAUAAAGAGCAGCAAAGUGCAGGUGGGGAAUUUCAGUGCAUUGGGGUGAAUUUAUGUGAAAUUCAGUUUUGCUCUGUGCGUGUUCAUGGCUUGGAUUGCUGAAAGGGACGGCAGGCACUGGAGGAGCAGCUCUCAGGGGCACACACAGACAGAGACACACACACACAGACACGUACAGGCAGGAUGGGCACUCACACA